UGCAACGCAGAAGCUCAAGCUCGCUCUCUCUCUCUCUCUCUCUCCGAUGGACGUUUCCUUAACCUUCGCUCCCUCCGCCUCGCCCCACCGCCAUCGCCGCCUCCUUCCUCCCGCCGGGAGCGGCGGCGGCGGCGGCUGCUCCCGCAGCUUGGCGGCCGCGAGAUGCCGCCGCGAGACGACGUCCGGCGAGCUCCGGGCGGCGGCCGGGCCAAACGGCCGGAGCGGGAGCCACGCGGCCUCCGUGCCGGUCCACAAGGUCACCGUCCACGAUCGGCAGCGAGGCGUCGUUCACGAGUUUUCGGUCCCUGAGGAUCAGUAUAUACUGCACACGGCUGAGUCUCAGAACGUCUCCCUUCCUUUCGCUUGCAGGCACGGUUGUUGUACUAGCUGUGCUGUUCGAAUAAAAUCAGGAGAAAUCAGGCAGCCUGAAGCACUGGGGAUUUCUGCUGAAUUAAAGUCUAAGGGGUACGCACUACUCUGUGUUGGCUUUCCUUCCUCAGAUCUUGAAGUAGAAACACAAGAUGAAGAUGAGGUCUAUUGGCUUCAAUUUGGAAGAUAUUUUGCGCGAGGACCUAUUGAAAGGGACGACUAUGCUCUAGAGUUAGCAAUGGGUGAUGAAUAAGCCGACCAGAUGUGCAAUCAGAGACGAUAGUCUGAGAUGAUUUCUCCUCUCCCGAGUCGGACUUUUUGCUAUGAAACAUCGUUCUACGAAUAACAGUCGAUUCUCUCGAUAGUAGCCUACUCUACCACUCUUCUUGUUGGCAAUUGAGAUGGUCUUCCCUUGAAAUAUAGAUGCAAAAUGUACACUGUCAAUUCAACGAUCUGCGGAUGCAUUCCAGGAUGAAGCCGUCGUGUGUAGUCUAUGAAUCUGUUUGUAUCAUCCUGGAGGUUGUUUAGUUUCUUGUCGUAGCCUGAAUUGAACUAUCAAAUAACAAAGGGCGAUCAUAAUGGAAA